CUUUUCCGUUAUGUAACGCUGUUGGUACGGCCAGUGAAACGUAAAGGAAGGAAAAUUCAAUGACAAUGGCACCGGGACGCUUGCGAAACAAGAUGAAAAACGCUUUUUCAAACAUUUCAAUAAUUACCUACGUACUCGUGGUAAUUUUUGGAACUGGUUCGUGGAUUGCCAUCAAUGGACUCUGGGUCGAGAUGCCAAUAAUAGUUCAAGAAAUACCCGAGAGUUGGUCACUACCUUCCUAUCUAACCGUUAUAAUCCAGCUGGCAAACGUAGCCCCACUGGCCUUUACAGUGGGAAAUAAAUUCUUCCCCCGUGUGGUUUGUGAGGUGCCUGUAAUAUACAUCAGUGUGAUCGUGGGAAUUGCGGCGUGCACGUUACUGGCAUUUUUCUGGAAAGAGACAAGUUAUAUCGCUGGAGCUGAACGAAGUACAGCGCUACUAGUCCUAUGUUUCGUGUUCUCUAUGGUAGAUUGCGCCUCUUCUGUCACGUUUCUUCCGUAUAUGGCUUCCUUCCGAGAGAUAUACAUGAGCCCGUAUUUUGCAGGUCAAGGGUUAAGCGGUCUCUUACCUGGUCUGGUUGCAUUAGCGCAGGGUGUGGGAGGAGGGUCACAUGACCCUUGUCCAAAGCCUACAUUAGCAUCUGUUAACAGUACCAAUGGAACCUUACAAAACAAUACAGAUUCAGGAAGUUGGGGUCCAGGACCCAAAUUCUCAGCAGAGGUGUUUUUCUGGUUUUUAACGGCAAUGAUGGUGGCUUGUGGUUUGGCAUUCAUAGGGCUUAAUUACCUCCCUGUUGCUAAGCGAGAACAGGUGGCUAAAAACUAUGAAGGUGCACAGGCCGGUGAUCAAGCUUUAGAACUUGUCUCCCGUGAGGAAAGGCUAGAGUAUGGAAAAUAUGCAGCAGGUCAUGUUGACCAUGAUGAUCUUGGUGUUAAAACAUUGUCAACAAGUGGUGUCACAUUGAUGUUAGUGACGAUAGCCGUAGUCAAUGGCUUGAGUAAUGGAAUUAUACCAGCUAUCCAAUCAUAUGCCUGCAUUCCAUACAGCUAUUAUAUUUAUCAUCUGACACUCACCCUGUCAAACAUUGUUAAUCCUCUCACAUGUUUUGUGUUUCCCUUCAUUCCCACCAAAUCAAUGAUAGUAAUAAGUGUCCUGAGUUUUGUGUACUUGGGUAUGUGCACAUACAUUCUCAUCAUCGCAUUGCAGAGUCCCACGGUACUUCUACAAUGUGAAGAUUCUGGUGCAGCUUUAAUUGUAAGUACAUUGUGUUCUACAUGUAGCUCAAAAAAGGGUUCAGCAGUCAACCCUUUUUACCAAUAAGGCCCGCUUGAGACACCAAGCUUUUCAUUAGGCAAACCUAAUACAUUGUAUUAAGGUACCUCGAUACAGUUUUUCAGGGUCAAUACCUCCCAAGAUUGAGCAUAAACUACUUCCCCAUAAACAAAAAUAUUGGAAAAAUUGCCACCACAGUUGUAUUAGAUAAAGAUGAAAAUUUGUUAUGAUCAGGGUUGUUAUCAGAGUUGUAAUAACAAUAAAAUAACGCCAUAAUUUAUCUAUUUUACUUGCCGGAGUAUUUCUCUGCACUGGCAACUGUUCUUCAAAAAUCAUUCACAGGAGCUUUUUCCUCCAACAGCCACCUUGAUAUUCGUGAAUUUUAAGCAAAAUCUGUAAGAGCAUAAUUGAGAUGUUUUGGGAUGAGGUUAUUAUGGUUAGAAAUACAGUUUAAAAUGCUUAAUCUUGAUGUUAGGUCGUUAUCUGUAGAAAAGGAAGCACUGUUGAUCAAUUUCACCUCAUAGGAAGGGCUCAACCAUUCUUCCUGCCUAGCCCAGCUGGGAAUUUCCAUUACGGAUCGACUUUGGAAUAGCUUUGAUUCAGACACCAAUUUUUUUGUGUACCAAACCUGAUGUGUAAAUUAUAGCAUAUUUUGCUAGCAGUUUGACUUGGAAAUGAGCAUUUUUCUCCAUUUGAAUUAGGAAAUAAAUAAUUUAAGGUCGGUCUUAAUUUGAAUGAGGUUCAGCUCAUGAAACGUUCGGUAUCUGAACCGGGCCUAAGAAAGGCAGUGCAUCUCCAAAAUGUCUCACGUUGCUGUGAUUAUUCUUAAUUUAUAAAAUUAUAAGUAAGCAGUACUCCUUCCACACUUGUUAUUUCAUUGGCAUAACACAUGAUAGUGGGGUCCCUCUAAGGGCAGGUACAAUGUCCCUGUAAGAAUUCAAAGCCCAUUGUUUUGAGUAGUGAGGAGGAAGCUAAGGUAUGUCCCUGUUGGUAUUUUAUUGUUGUAUUUGGGCUUGUCUUCGUCGGUGCCACAGUGUUAAACCAUUUUUGUGUUAUUUGUCAUCAUAACAUCUUUCUUACUUUGUUGUCUCAAGGCUAAGUCCCUUUUCAAUAUUACCCUAACAGCUGCCCUCUUGAAACAUUCAUCACACCUUCUCAUAUGUAGAAGCUUCUAACAAGCAUUGUCUAUACUCUUGUUAUGAAAGUGUUCAAUAUGCAAGAAAAAAGGGAGUGAAAGUGUUGUGACCGAAAAUUGUCAAUUCUUGUUUUGGCAUUUAGUGGCUCAAAAACUCUCCCAAGUUAUUUUGUAAUGCUAUUUUAUAAAACCAGGAGACAAAACAAAGAAAUAUGCUGUCAAGUUUAAAAGACCCUCAUGGCUAAGUGAAUUAACUAAGCCUUGAUGAACUCUUGAGAAAAGCUAAAUUCACGACACUAGGCUGUCACCGAUUGCAGGAUAUAGCCGUAAUUAUGUAUAAGGCAAAGUACAAUAUAUUGCCCUCCGUAUAUAAAGGACAUUUUUAAGCUAGAUAAACCUCGCUAUGGGCUCAGAAAUUGUGGUGACUUUUUUAAUCCUCGAUACAACACGACAAAUUACGUGAGACAUAGCCUGAGAUACGUGGGCCCAGUAAUAUGGUCUAAACUAAGCAAGGAUGUGAAAAACGCAGAAUCAAUUGACGGCGUUAAAAAGAAAAUUUCUAAGGUAGAUCUUGAACAAGUAAUCACAGAGGGCUGUAAAAACUGCUUUCUAUGUUGUACAUAAAUGAGAUUUUGUAGACGAAAAGGACACCUCUCAAUCAAUAAGUAUUAUUUUAUAUGAUAAUAUCCGCAUUUUGUUUUAGGAUGUAUAUUGUUGUAAAUUUUAAGGCCCGUUUACACGACCGAAAAAAUUGGAACGGCCCGGAUAAAAAGACGAACGGCUCCGACAAAAUUCGACGUGUAAACGGUACUUGACCCGUUCCAGUUGUAUCCGUUCCGUUCCUAAAAAGGUCCAUAGGCGGCUAUGGACCCCUUUCGGAACGGAACCGAUAAAAAACGGUUCCGUACCCACAUUUUUGUUUUCUUUUCAACGUGUAAACGCUCGCCCUUUUUUCGGUACCGUUCUGUUACGUUUUUUAUGAGCCCGUGGUGCCCCACGUGAGUUGUUUAGCGUACGUCACAUGGGUGUUGGAAAAAGAAACUGGAAAGUAUUCUUCGACACUCGAAAGCUAGCAUACCACUGGUCGUCAGAGUAAGUGCUGUAUGUAAGAUCAAACCAAGCGCUUGUUCUUGGAAUUUGCCAGAAGCUCCUUUCGACUGUGAAGUGCGAUACAAGGGCUGUUAAUAGGAGAACCGUAAGCCUUGUUUUUCUCCUAAUUCGGUACAUUUUCUCAGAAGAACUUUGACGAAUCGCACGCGCUGUCAAACGUGAAUUUCGUGUUCUCUUCUUUAGAAGAAACCAGAAAAGUGCUUGUAAACCUGCAUCCAUGAUUGUCGGAGAUACGCACAGUCUACUGUAUGUAUAAGAGCAUAUGAACAACUAAUCGAAGCAGUUUUAUUUAAUUAUCGCGGGCUCUAUCGUUACCGGUCUCGAAGAAAACAACGUGUAAACAGUCUAGUACCCGUUCCAAGGGGCUCUCACGUACCGUGCCUUUUUCUGUCGGGCACAUUACAGAAUUUGUACGUGUAAACAGGAGAUUUCGUCUGGAACCGGUACUUGUUUCUAACCGAGCCGUUCCUUCUCUUUUAACGUGUAAACGGGCCUUGUCCCCUAUUAGUAGGCCUUACACGGCCAGCUAGAAGACCUGACACUGAACUAAAGUUUAUCGUCAUCAUCAUCAUCAUCUAAUCAGCCUUAGGUUAUGAAUGUAGACAAAAGAAAUUAGCAAGGAUGCACUCAAAUGAAAGCAAGAUACUCCCGACCCAUAUUGCUGACACCUCUGUACUUUAAAGAACUUUUUGUUGCUAGCAUCCCUUCCAAUUUUAAAAAAGAAAUUUUUGAGAUAUUUUUCUUAUAAUAUUAGCAGGAAGCUGAACUUUUGCACUAAAAUAUGGGAUUCACUUAGUGAUACCGGCACCAACUUAAAUUAACUUUUUAACUUAUAGGUUGUGGUAAGCGUUGCUGCUGUUGCUGUGGUAACAUAUAUCAAAGUUGCCAUUGGAGGAAUCAUGCGUGAAAAAGGUCACAAGCAUUUGCUGUGGUAUGGAAUAAGCACUCAAGUGGGCUCCUGUAUUGGUGCUCUGGCAAUUUUUGCUCCUGUAAAUGUCUACCACUAUUUCAAACAAGGAUGAAAAAUAAUUGUGGUUUUGUUUCAGUCCUUACAAUAAUUUUCUACUGUGUAAAAAGCAGUAGACUGGUGUAAAACUUGGUGAACAGUUGUGAUUUUGAGACUACUGAAUAACUUGAUUCUUUGUUUAACAAUGUUGUUGCUUGAAUGAUCAAAAAACUUAAAUUGAUGCAAUCAAAGAAUUUUAAGUGUUUAUUGAAGCUUGAUAGUUGAUAUGAGGUCAGUGAUUUCCCUGACAGUGUCCAGCAUUGAGCUAGUGCCUUUUACAUACUGGCAAGGUGAAAUUGAAGCCUCGCACGCAGAUGUUCUUAUGGCUUCGGUGGAUUUAGUGAUUGGAGUGUUUUGUGUCCAAGACAAUUGAUAUCUGAGCACCUGAGUGGCAAAAUUACAAUCACAAUAAUUUGUAGAAGUCCUGAUACUGUUUGAGAUUUGGAUUACAGUCCCUUCAAAUUUAACAGUAUUGCAUACGUCUCUCAAUAGGUUUUUUUGAAAUCACUUAUGGAUAGAUUUAGGAGUCGGCUAAGUGGGAACAUAAAGCAUCCAUAUGUACGUACGUCUUUGUGUACAACUCUCUCUCCUCCACAUAUAGGCCUCUUUGUGUUGUGGGGCACUGGGGAGAGAGAAAAAGAGAGCGUGCAUCCCAUCGUCCCCUGCAAGCUUUCUAUUUUUUUAUUAGUGCUAUUUUUAUAGGGAUACCCAGCGGAAGCCCUUGCAGAAGAGAGAGUGUGCAACUGAAAUUUGAAAAAUUAUAUAUUUUUUUAAUUUCCUGAAAGCGUUUUUAUCAUUAAAUUGGGAUAACUGAUAACUUUUCUACAUUAUAAAAACCGCUUUUUGUAGACACAAAGCACUGGGAUGAGUUUCUUGUGCAUUCUUGACCUAUCCAAAAAUACAGUUAGCUUUUCAAGCCGUCCACACCACUGCAGCCUACUGCUGAUGUCUCUGUUUUAUGAAGUUGUCUGCAGUUGAAUGUACAUAACUGACAUUUUUCAUUGGAGUUUACACAUGUAAUGGUUACAAUUGCGGGAUAUUUAUCUAUUGAUUAUUUAUAAAGGGAG